GAAGUUACCUUUAAAUAAUGACAAAUGAAGUGGUAACCCAACACAAACGAAGUUUAUACCCACCAUAUCGGUGUUUGUCCUAGCUGCUGCUCCGCUCUGCGACAGUGAUGGAUGUAUCGUACUGGUCGCAGAAAAUACACGUAAAUAUGUUCCUGUAUAUCCUGGGACUGGUGCCUCUCUGGUUCACCUUUCGCUGGUACAGGGAAAGUAAAAAAGUGCCCAACAAGGAAGAUAAAUAUGUCUACAUCACUGGCUGUGACAGCGGGUUUGGUAAUCUCCUCGCAAGACACCUAGACAAGCUGGGCUUCCCUGUGAUCGCAGGCUGUUACACUGAGAAGGGCGAGGAUGAGCUGAAGAAGAUCGCCUCCGACAGACUUACCACCGUUCACAUAGAUGUCUCCGACUCUGAAAGUGUCAGCAAAGCAGCAGCUGCCAUCGAGGCGUUGGUUGGACAGAAGGGCCUGUGGGCUGUUGUGAACAACGCCGGAGUCGCUCUGCCGUCUGGUCCCACUGACUGGCUCACUAUAGAGGACUACAAGGCCAUGAUAGCUGUCAAUCUGUGCGGUGUGAUCGACGUCACACUGAGCGUCCUCCCUCACGUCAAGAAGGCCAAAGGAAGAGUGGUGAACGUCGCCAGCGUGUUUGGGAGAAUCAGCCCGUUUGGUGGACCCUACUGCGUGUCCAAGUACGGCGUAGAGUCCUUCAAUGACAGUCUGCGGUUAAACAUGAUACCGUUUGGAAUCAAGGUGGCAUGCAUUGAGCCAGGCUUCUUCAAAACAAAUGUGACAGAUACAGGGAUGAUGAAAAACAACCUGAGGAAGCUCUGGGACAGAUUACCUCAGGAUGUGAAGAACGACUAUGGACCAGGUUUCUUAAAGAGAUCUCUUGACAAGUUGGAUCACAGGUUUAAUCAGUUGACGGACAAGGACCUGAUGAAGGUGGUCAGCUGUAUGGAGCACGCCAUCACUGCCGUUCAUCCUCGCACUCGCUACUCUGUCGGAUGGGACGCUAAGUUAUUCUGGUUGCCUAUGUCGUACAUGCCAUCCUGCAUCUCUGAUAGACUUUUCAUUCAAGAUGGCCUCAAAAAAUUAUAUGCACCGUAGUUUUGUUAUAUCACUUGUGUGUUUUAUUUUCACUGCAGAACAUGUUUGAACCUAAAAGUUUACACCGUUGAUGGCACCAUAUAAACAUUUUGUUAUAAAACA